UUGAACUUUGAAAGUUGCCACUAAUUGCAAGGACCACCACCACCACCACAGUUGAUUAUUUCAAUGGAUUCUCUUUCUCACCAUAUCCCUUCUUCCCAACCUCAUCCAAGUUUCCAUCUUUCCCUCACUCAACCAACACAGUGACCCAACUCACUCCAUGCUCAUGCAAGCUUCAAUGUCAAACAUCACAAGUUCUUGUCUUCAUUGAAUUCUUCAUUUCUUCUCCCUGCAAUGCCAGGAACUAUCCUGGUUUCAGUGCUGGAAUUCAUGGAUCUUCCAUUAUCUUCAUCAACAUCCAUAAGGGCUUCCAUGGGGAAAAUAGAGUACCAAAUCACUGAUAAAGGAGACUUUUCCUUCCCUUUAACUAGCCUCCGCGACGAUUUGAUUUUGAAAAUUCAGGAUGAUGAGGGGAAUGAAAUAUCACGUUCAGGUGUUCAAAUCAGGUUGAUAUUACAGAAAGGUGUUUGGGAAGACAUCUUCCCCCUUGGGGAAGGGCACUUGAAUUUGAAGUUGCAAGUCAUCCUUAAUGAUAAAGAGCGCGACAGAAUUCGUAUGAUGAGAGAAUCUGCAUUAAAGAAAAAACAUGAUGAGCUUCUUAGUAGCAAUCGAAGAGGCGCAGAAAGUGAUACUAGUACGGUUGUUGGCAAUGCUGGAUUACCCUUCCGCACAAAUGAUGAGGUCUCAGAAUUACCAAAGGGGCACCUUCAACAUGAAGCAGCUUCCCAAUUGAAAAGUCCUGUUGGUAUCUGCGAUGACAAAGAACCUGGUACUAGAAAUGUCGUUGGGGCUAUGCUUGAUCAGCAACAGCUAAACCAAAACAUUGCAGAUCGAUAUAACGAGACCUCAUCAACAAAACCUGUGUCACAAGCAGUCAAUCUCACUCAAAUACAACACAAGGGUAAGAAGCCUGCCAAUCAAUCACCGUCUGAGAAACAGCCUCAAAGAAUUGGCAGUUCAAAAGAUAUGGCGAUUUUGUUAAGCUCGGAAAGAGUUGAUGCUCUAACAAAGAAUCUGUCAGAACCUAAUCUAAGGGAAUAUGGUCUUCAAUAUUCUGAGAAGAAGAGCACACUGGGUAGGACUCCAAGUAACGUGAGGAAAAUGAUUAGUGCUUUUGAAGGUGGUCUGCCUAAGGAUAUGAAAUCACAUAUUAAACCACCUCCAACAAAGUAUCAAGCGAGUACAACUGAUACCGAAGAAACUUCCAAGGCUCGGCACUCGGAGAUAGAUAAGUCAUGGAACACAAAGCCAGAAAACUUCUUAGAAGAAGGGGAGAAAAGUUCCUCUCUGGUACGGAACAUGCAAAAAGCCCCAGUACAUUUUGGAGAAAGUAGAGAUCACAUGAAGCAGCUUAAUAAUGUAUCACCUGAGGAAACCCAGCAGUUGAAGGAGUUGAGCACCAUAAAGACCCUAAACAAACAAACAGUUUCAAAUGACAGAAAAAGAUUCAAAGUAUCAUACAAUACAGAUAAAGAAGAAGAGAAAAGUGACAAAGUUUUGAUGAGAACAUCUGCAUUUGAAACAGUUACAAUGUCAGGAACGAUGCCUGAGAAGCAUUCACCUCAAAAAUUGGAUUCGGUUGCGCACUUUGGUGACAAGUAUCACUCUUUUGAAAGUUCUGGAGUCUGGAUAUUUCCAGAAGAACCAAAAAAGAUUUGUAUAACAACUAGUAGUAAAAAUGUAAUGGACAGAGUGGAAAGUCAGGCUACAAAGCGCUUAAGCCAUCAAAGAAGUUUGGAAUCCUCAAAAAUAGAAAACAUUGAAAAGAAUGCAGCACACGCUGGCACUAGAACUGAGGGGAGCAAGUAUGAAAAAAUACAGGAAAUUGAAGAUUCAAAGACCAAGACUUCUGAUGAUAAUGGAGAUGAUGAUUCUGGAGGGCCAAUUCAUCAGGUACUUAAAAUUGCAAUCAUGGUCGGGUUUGGGAUACUUGUUCUCCUUACCAGACAGAGAAAAAGAAGAACGAAGGAGAAGACGACCUGAGAAUCAACUCAUCAAAUCUCAACUUCUUCAACAAAGUUCUUGGUUCUUGCUGAGAACACUUAAUUUUGUCAAAGGCUAUUGGUUCUUGCUGUUGGUGGGCCGGCACACUUCUUACUAGUUAACACUCUUCACUCGUCGAGAUCUUUCCAGAUGGAAGAGAAAGUGAGUGUGAAUUUAUAAAAACCAUUUCUCAUUAGUCGCCACUCUUCCUAUACUGAUUUGCAUAUCUGUCGAUCAAAAUACAUUGCCUCCAACAAUUGUAAAACAGGAUGUCAAGCUUGAAACAUUAAACAAUCACUUCACAAGAGGCAACCUAUGUUUUCUUCUUUUUAUGUACCUUUUUUUCCUUUCUAUUCUUAUUAACUCCUCUGUUUGUUGUAGAUUGCCUUUAUUUUGUUCUUAUAUGUAGUGAGUUUUUUUCA